UCUGAGCUGAACACAUCCUGGGUGUCGGGUAGUCAUUCAAACUUAUUUCUCCGCCUUCCUUCACUUCCCUUCCCUGGGACGUGUGAGUGUGUGCGUGUCCAGUGAAAGUGAACGGUCUGCGGCGCUCAUUCAGUCCACGCACACAGCUCCACACAUCCCAUCUGACACAAUCCAUCCGUUCCUGCUUCUCUUUUUAACGAGAAGAGGAAUCCGUUGUUUUUCUUUCCGUUUCACCUCUCCGCUCUGCAGGCAUGCAUCAUCACGACGACGGGCACCAGGAGCGCGCGUGGAUAAAUGUUUGCAAAUGCACUUUAUAUUUAUUUCUUCUAUUAAGUCUGGAGUGGAGCACCGCGCACUCAGCCCAUUCCGAUGAAUCGAACACUUUCGCGUUUUUCCAUGAGCUGGAGCAGGGCUGCUUGGGGGUACGAGAUCACGUGUUGUACAUGUCCUCUUCCUGCACGGAUGAAUCGCAGCUUUGGAAAUGGGUCACCAGAGGGCGGCUCUUCAACAUGGGCUCCUCCCUCUGCCUUGGAAUUACCGUCGGCAACGUGAGCUCACUGGGCAACAGGUCUCCGCUGGGCGUGUUCCGGUGUGAUUAUGAGCCCCCGCGAGUCCGCUGGACCUGGAGCUGCAGCAGGUUCCUGGAUACGCUCGAAACGUACUUGCCCGCCCCUAAAUUGGUCCUCAGCGGUGGCAACGUGACGGUCAUCGGCACACACCAAAAGUCAGGGUGGCGAGUCUAUGGCGACAAUCAGGACCUUUGUGCCAAGUCCUACCAAGAAAUCUACACCAUCCAGGGAAACUCUCACGGCAGUCCAUGUUAUUUCCCCUUCCUGUACGAUGGUCAGUGGUUCCACAGCUGCACUAGCGUGGGCAGGGAGGAUGGCUUCCAUUGGUGUGCUACUACCCAUGAUUAUGGAAAAGACCAGCGCUGGGGAUUCUGUCCAGUGAAAAGUGCUGGCUGUGAGACUUUCUGGGACAUAAACCCUUUGAUGGAUAAUUGUUACCAGUUCAACUUUCAAGCCACACUGUCCUGGAGUGAAGCACGGACCAGCUGCCACCAGCAGGGAGCAGACCUGCUCAGCAUCACUAAAUUAGAAGAACAAAUCUAUAUCAAUGGUUUGCUAACUGGGUACAGCUCCACCCUGUGGAUGGGUCUGAAUGAUCUUGACCUCAAUGGUGGCUGGCAGUGGGCUGACUCCGCCCCCUUGAAAUAUCUAAACUGGGAAGCAGAUAUGCCGAGCUAUGACGAGGAGGAGAAUUGUGGGGUGAUCAGUACUGAUGCUCAGGGUCGCUGGCACAACCGGGACUGUUCAGUUGCUCUGCCUUACAUCUGCAAGAAACGGCCCAACGCGACUCUGGACCCCUUCACCACGGACUCUUGGGCAGACGAUGGGCGUUACCAGUGCGAUGUGGGCUGGCAGAACUUCCAGGCGGGCUGCUAUUGGCUGAACACAGAUAACCUGGAUUGGAACUCCGCCCACAAAACGUGUCAGAAGAUGGAGGCUAACCUUGUCAGCAUCCACACGCUCCCGGAGCUUGAAUUUAUUACCAAGCAUAUGAAGAGAGAUAUAGAGGAGCUGUGGAUUGGUCUGCAUGAUACAGUUAUGCAGAUGAACUUUGAGUGGACGGAUCGCACUCCGGUCAUCUUCACCUACUGGCACCCGUUUGAGCCCAACAACUUCCGAAGCGUCAAUGAGGAUUGUGUCACCAUUUGGGGACCUGAGGGGCGUUGGAACGAUAGCCCAUGCAAUUACUCUUUACCUUCGAUCUGUAAGAAAAAUGGACAGAAAACCGAUGAACACAUAGAGGAUCACGGCUGUAAACGGGGCUGGAGGUGGCACAGUCCUUCCUGUUUCAAAGUUGGAGAAGAAUCUUUAACUUUUAACGAUGCCAAAGGAAUGUGCAAUAGCAAUAAUGCCACGCUUGUCGUUAUUAAUAACAGAUUUGAGCAGGCUUUUGUGAGCAGUCUGGUGUUAGGACGCUCUGACGAUCAGUUCUGGAUGGGGCUGUACAAUGAGAACAGCACCGGCCCGUUCCACUGGAUCACAGGAGAGGAGCUCACUUACACCAACUGGAACAGAGAUGAGCCAGCGCAGAUAAAAGGUGGUUGUGUGGUGAUGGUGGCCGGUCAGGCCAUGGGGCUGUGGGAGGUAAAGGAUUGUGCCAGCAUCCGCUCCAAAUACAUCUGCAAACAGAACUCGGACUCGACUUUCGUCCCCAGCCCCCCUGUUCCCAAACCCACGCCCUCCCUGACAGGAGCGUGCCCAUCGGGUUGGAAAAGCACCAAUGCUCUCCGUCAUUGCUUCAAGGUCUUUCAUGCAGGUGCGUUGGAGAAGAGGUUGACUUGGAUUCAAGCUCACAGGUUCUGCCAGAAACAUGGAGCUCAGCUCGCCAGCUUCGGCACGCCGGACGAGGAGGCUUUUGUAUUCCAGAUUCUCCAUGAAGCAUUUGGGGAGGCAGAGGAUCAUGAGCAGCACUGGCUGUGGAUCGGGAUUUCUCGCCGGAAUAGCGACAGCUGGACAUGGAGUGAUGGAUCAGCUGUGACCUAUCAGAACUUUGGCAGGGGGAAUUAUGGGUCUGCUGAGUGUGGAGCAGCAAACAUGGCUGAUACCAACUGGCUGGUGUCACAUUGUGAAUCUGAGCUCGACUGGAUCUGUGAAAUACCAAAAGGGAAGGUGGAAGAGGAACCCGAAAACAAUGAAGACGCUGGUUUAGAGUGGGUCAUCUUUGAGGAAGCUCAGUAUAAACUCUCGAAACAUCGCUCCACGUGGGACCAAGCUCAGAGGAUCUGCUCCUGGUUUGACGCCUCUCUGGUCUCCGUGCACUCUCCUGGAGAGAAUCAGUUUUUGGUCGACACUCUGCGCAAGAUGUCCCGCAAAGAAGAUGACCUAUGGUGGAUGGGGCUACAUACUUUCAAAAGCGAUGGGCGAUUUAGGUGGUCUGAUCACUCUGUGCUCAACUACGUGUCCUGGGGGCUAGGACAGCCUCGACCAAUCAGCAAAGAGCCCAAAUGCAUCCAGGUCUCUGCCUCAAAAGGCGAGUGGUCUGAUCAGAAGUGUCAUGUCGAUCUUCCAUUUGUGUGUAAAAGGGUAAAUGUGACUGGUACGAUCCCUCCCACACCCUCUCUUCCACUCAAACCCGCCGGCUGCCCUCCGGGAUGGAGCCCUUUCCAACACAAGUGUUAUAAGACGUUUGGGGAGGAGCUGUCGAGUCGUAGCACCUGGGACUCCGCCUCUAAGGCCUGCCUGACACAAGGAGCCAUGAUAGUGACAGUGCCAAAUCAUAUAGUGCAGGCAUUCCUUGUUACCCUGCUACCCAACAGCAGUUUUCAUGUGUGGGUGGGGCUUACCUCAGAAUCCCAAGCUCAGUUUAGGUGGUUUGAACCUGGACUACUCAGCUAUACUAACUGGGCCCCGGGAGAACCAGUGGACAACAAACAAAAUAAAAGCCCGGGUAACUGCGUGCUGCUCCUGAAUGGCAGUCCUCACCGGAUGAUGGGCACGUGGGCAUCUCGCAAGUGUGAAGCAGAGAAACACGGCUUCAUCUGCAUGAAGGACAAAGACCCUGGCUUUCCUUCGGGUAAGGACCCACUACCUCCAGCAUUAAAUGGUCCGUUGCAGUUCGAUGGCGUUCAGUACCGGGUCUUGCAGAAGCGUCUUGACUGGCACGCGGCUCUGCAGGUGUGUGAAUCUGUUAAUGGAACACUGGCUGCAGCACGGGACCCUCGGCAACAUGCCUACCUCACCCUCCUCCUCAACGCUGUCCACAAACCAGCCUGGAUUGCGUUACACAACGAUGGCGGGCGGAGCUACACGUGGUUGGGUGAAGAGGAGAUUGCUUUCAGUGACUGGCGGGAUGGAGAGCCCAAUAAUAUGUAUGGAUGUGGUCACAUGACCACCGAGGGCCAAUGGAGUGUGGCUGCUUGUAAUAUGAAACUAAAUGCAGCCAUUUGUGAAAUUAACACUGAGAGAACAAUAGACCACAAGUGGAAGUAUCCAGGUUUUUGCCCACAGCCUGUAGGCAACUGGUCCUGGAUUCCUUUCCGAAAUCAAUGCUACUCAUUCGUCCUCCAUGAACUGCAGCUGAAACAUGAGGCCAUGCGCACCUGUAGCAAAGUGGGAGCUAAGCUGUUGUCAAUAGUGGAUGAAAACGAAAACGGUUUUGUGUGGGAACACAUGCAAAGUUUUCAAGAACAAGCCCAAGGCGCUUGGCUCGGAAUGACCUUUAACUCCAAAGGAGGUGGUCUGGAGUGGUCGGAUAGUGCAGCGGUGGAUUACACUAACUGGGAGCAGCAAGAUGCGAAUCUAAGCAUGCUGUCUGCCAACAGCUGCUUCUGGGUUCAGAGCAACACAGGUCUCUGGAGACCCGGAUCCUGCAAAAACAGAACGCAUGGUGUCAUCUGUAAACGGCCACGAGCAGGACCCACAGCAGAUCCUGUAGUUCAAUCUGGGGUGAACAGUCUCCAUGUAUUAAUUCAGGUUUUGGUUGCAGCGCUUCUUCUGAUUGCUCUGGUGGUGGGUGGGAUUUAUCUGUAUCGUAGGCAGAGCUUUGGCUCCGCAGGUUCCUAUGAGGGGGCUCGAUACAGCCGCACCAACUCCGCCCCCUCAGAAGAAACGGAGAAAAACAUUCUUGUUUCGGACAUGGAGCUGAACGAACAGGGAGAAUAAUGCUGUAUGUGUUCAAACUGAAUAUCUGAGGAAAAACUGCAAAGGCAGCAACUCACUGAGAAAAUUUACAUUGUUGGUUUUUUAAGACAUUCGAGGAGCUGUGUAGAGCGCAGCUGAUGACUUUUAUCCAAAGGUACGUCCAUUCAGUACUCACAGACCACACCCCAUCUAAACCUCUGUUAACCAUCAUCAUCUCAGAGGAACUGUGUGGAUUGGCUAGUGUGGGAUGCAACAACAGUUACAGUUCAUUUUUGUUUUACCUUUUGUUUUAUCUGGUUAUGGAGGUACAGUUUGUAAUCGUGUUUUUCCACAUCCUGAGAUCAUUUUUGUGUCAAACUAUAGUUAUCCUUAGGUGCCAAACUCUCUCCAAAAUAUUAUUGCAUUUCCAUAUUACACAUACACACACUUAGCUAGAUGACUGGGGAAACAUCACAAUUAUAAAACCUACAUAUUAAACUAUGCAAUUUUUAUUAAAAAUGUUGACAUUUUUAAAACGACAUCCAUAAAGUGAUGUUUUGUCAGAUUUUUGGGGACAGUUUUGUCAUCAAACUAUAGCGAAAUAAACACACCAUUGUUGGCCACGAUUGACUACCAUAGUAGGAAAAAUUGCUUUAUAAAUGUCUUUGUUCUAUUGAACACAAAAGAAGAUAUUUUAAAGAACGUAGGAAAGCAAACAGUUUUGACUACCAUUGUCAUUUUUCCUACUAUGGUAGUCAAUGGUGGCCAAGAACUGUUUGGUUACAAGCAUUCUUCCAAAUAUCUUUAUCUGUGUUCAUCAGGACACUUUUCUUUGGGUCAGAAGCCAGGUCCCUCACAAAAGUAUAAGUAUUAAAAAUCAAAUCAAACUUUGUUAAAGUUUAGAGGUGCAAAACAGUGGAAACAGAAGUAAACGUGGACAGAAAUUGAUGAAAGUGCAUCAAAACGAGCCUUAAAUACAUCUCGUAAUCCUCUCAUUCUUGAUGGUUCGCAACUGUUUCUUUCCUUUUCUUGGCAAGACCUUUAGGUGACAGUGCUGUGGCCAGCUGUGGAAUGUUGAGUCAGCUAGUAGAAGAGAUCUGGAACCAAUCAGAACACACAGAGAGAGAGAGAGAGAGAGAGAGAGAGAGAGAGGAAUGGUGAAGAUUUUAAAUGUUUUUUUAAAUAGGGUGAUAGAGGAGAAGUCACGAGGAGACAGUAAAAGGUGGAGUUUGGAUGAGAAAUGGACUUUAAGUAAGCAGGAGUUACUGGAACCGCUGGGACUGUAAGGAAAAUACUGCCCCCUACUUGAUAUUUGCACAAUGUCUAAGUGAAUUUUAUUGCUGUGCUGUUUGCCAAAGAAAUCAAUUGUCAACAUUACUAAUGUGUAAAUGUCACAUGUUGGUCACAAUGGUUUAGAAAACAAGCACAGUACUGCUUCACAUGCUUUUGAGGAACAAUAUAUAGCCUGUCUAGCCAUUCUGUGUUUGGAAACCCACAAGACUAUACAUUUCUAAUCAUGUGAGGGGUGCUUGCCGAUGCCAAACUCACAAUGUUAGGGUGCUGUGGGCUAUUGUCAUUUGUCAGGGUGUUGUUAUGUGCUUGCUAGGUUGUUCUGGGUGGUUGUAUACUAGACCAGAUCUAGAUCUCCCAUGUUUCUGGGAGAAGCUCGUAACUGCAAGCCUCAGAAAACAUUACCCAUUAUGAUUGCUCACCAUUAGUUUCAUUUGUCUAUUCUGAUAGAGAGACGUUGUUUGAGAGUAGAUGUGCCACCAGUUUAGCACUUCGGCUUUUUAUUCAUUGGUAACAUUUUAUUUGCUCACUGUUGAUGUUUUUAAAUAUGACCGUACGGUUAAUUACAGAAAAAGCAUAAUAUCACAUAUGACCUGAAAUUACAGACCAAUUUGCUACAACCAUAUAUAAAAUAACAUACAUGACUGUAUUUUCAUGCAGAUGGUACACCCCUGAAUAUUACAUGAAAAUUUGGACUAUGAUGUCACUCAUGGCUAGCGUCAUAUUGCACACAGCCAUGUGAUUCUGCAAUUAUAAAUCACUUGGUUUUUUCUUUUUUGGUUUUGAACAUAAACUAGUCGAGUUAUAUGAAACGCAUUUUUUACUGGAAGGAAAUAACUUAAGUCCCUGUGAAGAUGAUUCAAAUGUUCGCUUUUGUUUGUUUUGGAUAUUUUGUUUAAUGAAUUUGCUUUAAAAAUGAAUAAAGGAUAUGUUUGCUAUGUGACUGAAAUGAUUGUUUUGACAAUAACCCUAACCUUUAUUUUUUCAUAAAAAUGGUUAUGCCAUGCGAUAUUUGUUUAAAAGAUUUUGGAUUUGAAGCUGGGGUGAACGUUUCUUGUAGUCAUAGAGUUAUGUGAUGAAGACACAGUUUUGUGUGACUGGUUGGUUAUAGUUUUGGAUACAUGUAAUUAGUUUAUUAAACGAAUGGAUGAAUAGAUAUGUAAACUGUACAGAACAAAAAUGCAAGUGAAACCGUGCUGAAACAGUUGUGCUAAACAACGUUUGCCGCUAGGGGGCAGAGUAUGCUCU